UUUAUCUCGAACUUUAUCUUGAGUUGACUAGAGUGAUCAAGUAUAUUAUACGGCGGCCUAGGUGUUCGUGUGUGUUAGGUGUCAAGUGUCAAGUAGUGAUGUUGCAGUAAUUGCAAUAAUUAUUUUGCUCAAGAUGCAAGAAUAUACUCAAAAUACUUGAGAUAAAACUUGACUUUGGACUAACGCUUGCGUUGUACGACAGAUCAUGCUGUUAUGUUAUUACACACGAUAAAUUAGACUGAAACGAAAGAGCAGCUCGAAUAAAGUCGCUCCAUUCGAUUUAAACGAGAGCGAUCGCAAGAAAUAUAAUACAUAAAUCGCGCUUAAUAUGCAUUAGCACACAGCUGUAUGUUUAGUAUUAUUUAACAUAAUCUGUACGUUGCGUUCUUUCGGAGAAAUUUUUUUCAUGUUUCAAAGUUAAAGCCACCAUCGAUAUGGUAUCUUCGUGGUGUUAUUUUAUUUUGCCGAUGGUCUUGCUCAUCGGCUUGCUUCGCAAAUGUCGCGAACGCACUUGGGGAAGAUGUAAGAGUACCAGCAAUCUACAAGGCCAGGUAUUUCUCGUGACUGGUGCGAAUUCUGGCAUUGGUAAAGAGACGGUAAAAGAAUUGGCCAAACGGAGAGCUACAAUCAUCAUGGCUUGUAGGGAUGUACAGAACGCAAAGAAUGUCAUUGCUGAAAUCCGAAGUAAAAUAUCUACCGGCGAAUUGAUUCCAAUGGAGUUAGAUCUUGCAUCUUUCUCGUCCAUCAGAGAAUUUGCCAAUAAAGUUCUAAAAAAUUUUCCUCAUAUUCAUGUAUUGAUCAAUAAUGCCGGCGUAUAUGCGCCACUCAAAGAUCAUGCAUUAACUAAGGAUGGAUUUGAAAUUCAUUUUGGAGUAAAUCAUUUGGGCCAUUUUUUACUUACUAAUUUACUUUUGGAUCGCUUGAAGCAAAGCGCUCCUAGCAGAAUAGUGGUAGUAACAUCCAAGCUUCUGGAAUCUGGAGUAAUAGAUUUUGAAAACUUAAAUGGUGAGAAAGGAUUGCCAGUGAAAAGUAGGAUGAAUCCUGGCUAUUGUAAUUCGAAACUUGCUAAUGCAUACUUUGCCACUGAACUUGCAAAACGAACAGAAAAUACCGGUGUUAAUGUCUAUAUGGUAUGUCCUGGAUUUACUUAUACUGGUCUAUUUAGGAAUGUGAAGAGAAGCUGGUUUCACUAUAUUAUUUUUUCACCUGUUGCUCUCAUGUUUCUUCGUACUGCUAAUCAGGGUGCGCAAACAGUGUUACAUUGUGCAACAGAAUCAUCAUUAUGUAAAGAAAGUGGACAUUUGUAUCGCGAUUGUAAACUUUAUGUCUCUAAAAAAGAUUUAGAUUCUGAAGUAGCACUCCGUUUAUGGGAUAUAAGUGCUAAGUUGAUCGGCAUAAAGGAUAUAAUGAAAUAAAUAAUUUUAAGAUACAUGCAUGUAUUACACACAUGUAUUAACGUAAUUUUACUUUUGUUGUAUAUAUAUUUUAGAAUCAUAUUUAUUUUUAUACAUAAAGCAAACAAAAGUGGAAUA